AUGACAGAUCGACGCCGGAUUGUUGGCCCUCCCGGCGCCACUAAUCCUCCCGUCUUCACCGUCGCACCUCAACAACACAAGCCUACCCAGCAGCAGCGUCAAAGAAAACCUAAUGAACUUCGCAGGAUAUUUUUGCAGACGGGAGUUGUUCCCUCCGCCAGUGGCUCGGCCUACCUUGAAUUAGAAACCCCGCCUCACUACAAGACCGCGUUCCCUUCUCCUCCCUCGACAAUAAAACUAUCAUGCACACUUCAUGGCCCAAAGCCACUUCCGAGAACGGCAGCGUUCUCAUCAAAUCUACAGCUGACAGCAUCAGUCAAGUUUGCUCCAUUCGCAACUCGAAUUCGGCAAGGAUACGUUCGCAAUUCGACUGAGAAAGACCUGGGACUGCAUUUGGAGAAUGCUCUGAAAGGAGCCAUCAUACCAGAGAGAUGGCCUAAGAGCGCCUUCGAUAUUGCUGUGAUUGUAUUGGAGGGUGAAGAAGAUCCAGGCAAUGGAGAUCGAAUAACCGGGGUGGGUUUGUUCAAUAUGUUAGCUGGCUGCAUAAAUGUUGCUAUGGCGGCUAUUGCGGAUGCUAGGAUUGAUUCUCUGGACCUCCUAUGUGCAGGCGUCGGCGCUAUUGUAUCUGGUCCCCUGAAAAAACCAUUCAGAGUCCUGGACCCGGUGGUCGCUGAACAUGACGAAGUAUUAUCCAUGUGUAUGGUUGCAUACCUCCCAUCACGGGAUGAAGUUGUUGAGAUGUGGACCAACGGCGCGGUGCCGGCUCAGGGAAUCGAAGGUGGCCUGGGAUUCGAUGAGCUUGUUGACAGUGCCGUUGCCGCAGCUCGUGGAGCGCAGACUGUACUGAAGGAUGUCCUGCUUGAAUCUUCGAAUCGACUACAACAUUCUGGCUGCCUCCACCGGAUUGAACCUUUCGGCUGCUCGCAUGCGGUUUCCAGAUUGCGGGACAAGAUUGAACAAGAAGGUGGCGAUACACUUGACAUUCGGGACUCAAAGUUGCCAAAUGCUACACCAGACCCCACGAAUGGUGCUACACCCAAGAACAGGAAGCGUGCUUCAACUACGGUGGCAGGAAACACCCCCAAGAAGCGGAAGACUGCCCCUGUAAAAACCGAUUCCCCCAAGGCCAAGAGCAAUAUCAAGACCGAGCCCGGUUUGGAUGGAACGCAAGAUGUAUUGCCGACUAAGCGCCAGACGAGGGGCAAAAUAUUGAGCUUCAAACACCAUUUUCACUCUGACGACUCUGGGACCGACGAGGAUGCUGGCAUCGACAGUGACAAAGAAUACGAUGUAGUUCCUCGGAAGGUCAAGAGCCAGGCAAGUACCAAUUCGCCCACCUCUCCAGAACGACCUGUCAAGAUUGGCGGGGCCAGCAAAAAGCAAGCACCCAUCGACCAAAAGAAUAUUCCUCUUAAGACCGAAGUCGAUCCCCUGAAUGGUCCGGUCAGACCCCUCGAGAUUGGACCUCCGAAGAAAGCAGCUGCCGAGUCAGUGCAAAAGACGUCCUCGCUUUGUCCAGCCGACCGACCUAUUCCAAGUAUCGAGGUUUCACUACCUCUUUCGCCGCAAAAGCAAUCACAGGCAAAUAUUCCCAUGUCCCCUUUCUCUAACAGCUCUGAUUUUGAAAGUGAUGUUGACAUAAACACCUUCAAACCGGGGACCAUCUUUUCAUUUGCAGCCAAGCGGUCUGAGCUCGAUGGUCAAGGUUCAGAUCACAGUGUGCAGAUGCCAAGAGCUUUCCAGGAUAGUGACGCUGCAAAUGCUCAAGUUGGACGCAAUGAAUGUCAGGGGCAAGUUGUUCAAAAAGACGAGCCGAUGUCUCCUCGAAAUGGUCAGACGAUCCUGCAGCGUUUCAAGGGCUUCUUGACAUGGCCGUUGUUGAGCAGAAGUGGAAAUGAUUGA